AUGUCUUCCACCGAGAGCAUCCAGCCAGAAAAGUUUGCCAUUGAGGAAUCCUCGGCGGUGGCAGCCGAGGGAGUGCCUGGAGAGGUAAAAUACCAGGCAGUUGACGAGAGCGACCCCAGGCUCAAGUGGGCAUUUAGAAAGGUCGACGCGACACAGCUCUUCAUAGUAUUUCUGAGCACGGUACUUAACUCCAUGGACCGCGGAAACCUCGGUCUCUCCAAGGUUGUUGGGCUCGAACAGGAUACGGGCAUGUCUGGAUCCGACUUCAACGUCGUCGCCAGCAUUAUGUACCCGACAUACCUGCUAUUCAUGCUUCCGAGCAAUCUCGCCCUGCGCAGGUUUGGGGCACGGUUCUGGCUUUCUCUCCUCACUGUUUUGUGGGGCGUCAUCAACAUGUGCAUGGCGUUCGCCAAGAACAAGACCGAUCUGAUUCUGUGCCGCCUGUUCCUUGGUGCUGCCGAGAGCGGUGCAACGCCAGGUGCCUUGAUGCUGAUCACGCUGUGGUACCCCCGUCAGAUGGUUACAUCGCGCAUCAGCCUUUUCUACUCGGCAUUCGCAGCUGGCGCAGUCAUCGGCGGACCUAUUGCAACUGGCAUUGGCAAAAUAACAAACACCCACUUCAAGCGGUGGGAGUGGAUCUUUUUCAUCGAGGGACUGGCCACGGCAGGGUUUGGGCUGAUCAUGUACGCAUUCCUGGCAGACUACCCCGACAAGAGCUGGAUCCUCACGCCAGAGGAAAAGGCGAUAAUCAGCCAACGGAUGGCGCAGGACCAGGUCGAGGGCGGUAAAAAGAAGGUCAACCGCAGGCGUCUGCUUGACCAUGCGCGCGAUCCGCUCAUCUACUCACAGGCGCUUGUCCUGUUUGGCGGCAACUUUGGAAUCAACACAAUCCUCACCUUUGCUGCUAUUAUCGUCAAGGAGAUGGGCUACAACGCCGGCGCGUCACAGGCUAUGCAGGCAGCACCGGGAAUCUGCGGCUUCGUCGGAAUCCAUCUUGCCCGUUUCUACCCAAAGUGGUUUGGCUCCCACUUUCGUAGCUCGCUUUUCUGCGAAGCUUGGCUCAUUGCUGGUUCAGCUGUCUUGCUGGGCGUCACCAACAACGUUGCUCGAAUCAUUGCGCUCUGCAUGUUGUCGUUUGGUUGCUUUGGUAUCCUUAGCAUUGGUCCUGGAUGGCUGAUGAGCAACGUUGGCGGUCCAACACGUGCUGCCAUCUCGAGUGCCAUCGAGGUAAUGCUUGGUGGACUGGGUGCACUUUGCACAUCGUACAUCUACCGCAACAAGGACCAGCCACGCUAUCUUUUUGGCCACGGCAUGAACAUGUUUGCUGCAUGUCUGAUGGUGGUCUUCACCUAUGCAACUCAUUUCAUCCUGCUCCAUCGAAACAAGCAGAAAGAAACCAACCCGCUCGAUAUUUCGGGGAUGUCGCAAGACGAGAUAAAUGACCUUGAGAACGACCACCCCGACUUCCGCUAUGUCCAUUAAAGAGAAUGUAGUAUAUUCGAAUACAG